CCGGCCGCAGCGGCAGCGGCAGCGCUGAGGGCACGGCAGCGCUCCGGGCACGGUUGCGGGGCCCGGUAUGGCCCAGCCGGACCACUAGGCCGCAAUGGUAAUGCCCAUUCCGGCUUCUGGGCGUUAGGGACGGCUCCGCAGGGGUUUGGGCUUGUUCGGGCUGUUUCGGUGUAAGCGACAGGUAUGGUCCCCCUCGGAAAGCUCGCAGGGUGGUGAGAAAAAAAAAGCCUUUUGAGAGGUUUUACUCUGCCCCACGCUGACUUUCUCUGUGACCCCCGUGUCGUUUUCGCACUGUUAAGUCAAGUGUCCCCUUAAAGCGUUUUGGAGAGUGAGAAGUUGCUGUUGCAGCCGUGCUUGUUUCCCGAUGUCUCCUGUCCUCCUUGCCACUUCCUCAUUUUGGUACAUUUCAUGCCAAUAACAAAAAACAAACGCGCUGUGGGCAUUGCCUCAGCUGUGUGGGAAAAGGUCAAAGGUUGAAUUUUGUCUUCUGGAAGUAAAUGGGAUGGAUAUUUCUCCUGGCUGUAGUGUUAGGAAACUUUGUUUCAGAAAAGAACAAGUUUAAAGCAAACUUCUGCUACAUUGUCAUCUACCUUAUCUUGACAAAUGUGAGAGACCAAAGCAUGAAGUAUUCCAAUUAUUGCUAGAGAAAAUAAUGGUUUAUAGAAUUAAAAAAAAACAAUUUUUUUUUAAGAAGGAUAAGACUAUAUUGGUAACAAAAGUGUUUAGAGUCAUCUGUGUUAGUAAGUCUUACAAAUAUUAAAUCUCUUUUUUUCCAGGUUUAAAAUAUCCUCGUAGACACUCAUCUAUAUGUAUAGCAAAUGCAGAAAAUACUGAAGACGCUCUGAGGCUGCUUUUGGAGACAAAGAGUUGUAUUUGUGAUAACAUUCCUUUAUGUUGGCAUAAUGUACAAAGAAAGUAAGGGCUUUGUGAAGGCGUGACAUACAUAAGCACUUUUAACCCCUUACCUUCAUAGUUGCUCUGUCACAGUGAGGCAAGUCUGGUUUAGUUGGAAGAGUUUAUUCUAGGAACUUGGUCUUUAAGAAGAUACAAAAGGGUUUGCACAGCUUGUAGGGAAGUGAAGACCUGCAUAUUCCUCUGGCAUAGUUAUAUUUGUUUUUUUCUUAAUUAUAUCAGUCUUCUAGUCUAGACAAUGAUUACUUUCCAGCAAAAAAUUUUACAUUUGGUGAAGUGCUUCAGAAGACAAUGGCCUUUAUUUUCCAACUCUGAAAGGACUACUAUAUGUGGAGCAGACUGCAUGUUGAUGGCAUUACAACUGUCCAUGGCUGAAGUCAAUAAACAGCACCAUGGAGACUUCACAGUAUCACUUAGUGAUGUGUUGGAAACAUGGAACUAUUUGUUACAUGACAAACUGGGAUUGUAUGAAAACAUGAAAGAACCUGAAAAUUAUGCUGAUGUGAAAAAAGCCUAUCAUGCCUUCUUAGCAAGAAGCAAUAUGUUAGAUUUAAUAGAUAUAUAUCAGAAGUGCUGUAGUCUUGGACUUUUAGCUGAAGAUGAAAGCAUAUACCCUGUUCAACUGUUGGAAUUUAUUUCUGGUGUAAUGAAUGCACAAGAAAAUAAUGGUUCAGUUCUUUCUACUCCUACACGAAUCAACAGACAGGGCCAGGAGCAUGUGAAGGUGGCAGUCCUGGCAAAGAAGUCUGUCUGUUCAUAUUUAAGCCUUUUGGUUAAUUCUAAGGAUGAUCUGGCAUUGGCUCAUAUUCUAAAUGUUCCUGACAGAGGACUUGGUAGAGAAGCCUUCACUAACCUCAAACAUGCCUCACAGGAGAGAAAAAUGUCCAUUUUUCUGAUGGCAACAUCUUUUAUCCGGACCAUAGAACUUGGAGGAAGAGACUCUGCAUCUUCUUUGUAUGAUCCUUUAAGACCCCAUGUAAAAGGCCUUUCCAGCUUUGUUAAUUUUAUUGACAAGCUGCAGGAAAUUGUUGGUGAAAUCUUAAAUACAAGAAUUGCAGGGGGGCGAAUUCUGUCAACAGUGAAGAUGCAUUUGAUAAAAGGCCGAAGCAAUGGGGAUCCUUUCUGUCAGGCAGUAGAGGAAGCUGUACAAGACUUGGAUUUGAAGAUUAAAAAUAUUAUCGAUUCACAACAGGAAACCUCGAUUGCUAGCACUACUGGAGUCAGUCCAGCACGGCCAAAAUUACAUUCCAUAAAUCAUGGCACUGCUUAUUGUGGCAGGGAUACUAUAAAAGUCUUGCUAGUUCUUCUGGAUGAAGAAGCUGUCAGUCCUCCUACCCAGAACAAAGCAGACCUGUUGUGUGACAAUGAAAACUUAAAUUUGUGUGGCAUCACCUCUGUUUUGACACUCUUCAGAUCUCCAGCACAAUCCAGUGGCUCUUCUCCAAAACCUCUCAGACAACGUAUUCUGAAAUCUAUGGAUGAAAAAGUAAUUAAGAUGAAGCAAUCUUCAAUUAAAUCCCAGUUUGCCUGUACAUAUAAAAAUGAUUUGAGUGAAAUGAGUGGCCAGCAUUCCCAUGCAAUUCCAACCUGCAAACAUCCCAUACCAAAGCAACAUUUAAAAGCUGGAAAGCCCACAGAAGGUCCAAAUUCCUGUCUUGAUGUACCAGGGCUUGGAACUAUUUCUGAAAGUGUUCACCAGACUAGAAGUUAUACAGAGAUGGGAAAGCUGAGUUGUCAGCCAAGGAACAAGAACUCUGAGAAUGAACAGAUGGAUUUGAAUAAUGACAAAAUAAUCUGUGACAAGGAAAGUGAACCAUCUUUGCAAAAAAAUACUAAAAGACUUAAGACUUCAAGCAGCUCUAAGAAGGAAUUGGACAGCAAAAUUGGUGGAAAAAGAAAACAGACCAAAAGUGCAAGUAAGAAUAAGUUGAUUGCUGGUCAGGCAAAAUUAACUCGCUUUUUUCAGCUCUAAGUUUUUGUUUUCACAUACAUGGGGUCUUGAUAGUUGUAAAAUUUUGCAAGAAAAGAGAUUAAAUUUAUGAAUUACUUCCUUUCAGAUGUAAAUAAUUGAAAGUAGCUUGUGUAUUAUAGUAGACAGUUACUUACAAGUCUGGAUUAUGCUGAAGUAUUUUAUUUU